CAGAGCCCCCGGUAUAAGUAGCUACCUAAACAACGCCCAUCUUGCCAGUUACUCUCAUCACUCUACGGUACAAUCAUGAAAUCUGUAUUAGUGACUCUUCUAUUCUCCUGUUCGGCACUGGGCAGCCCGCAGUUCCCUCACAACCAUCGACUUCUAGGAGACAUCCACCCCACUCAGCUUCCACCCAUCCGAGGAGACGAGGCGGCCCCAGCGGACCAAACCGGUUACGAGGCCCGAACUUACUAUCAGACCGGCUACCGGCUCCAGAACACCGGUUACCGACCUGUACCCGAUCCGGUGCCCCAGCCGGUAGCUGUGUACUCGCCCCAGGACUACCGCAGCCCCCCAACAGACUACAGAGCCUCCACGCCAAAAGAUGUUGUUCCAAUAUUGACCUAUACCAAUGAUGUAGCACUUGACGGAUCCUACAACUACAAUUUUGAGUCGGCGGACGGGAUAGCGCGGCAGGAGAGUGCCGUGAUGACGAAUGCAGGUACGGAGGAAGAAGGACAGAGUGUACAGGGGAGCUACUCGUACACAGCUCCAGAUGGAACCCUCAUCACUGUCAACUACGUGGCGGACAAGGACGGGUUCCGAGCAGAAGGUGCACACUUGCCCACCCCGCCACCGAUCCCUGAGGCUAUCGCCAAGUCACUGGAGUACAUCGCGAGGGUUAGGGCUGCCCAGCCAGCUGGCUAUGAGGAUGACGGCCAGUACCAGCCUGAGGAUUCAUUCAGGAAACCAAAUGAGGGUCCAUUCAGGAAACCAAAUCUGUACUCCACCUGAUCGACCCAUUUCUGCCAAUUGUAACUUUUGUAAUUUCGAUUAAAUUUCUCUCUAUUUUCCAUAA